AUGCCCACCGUUCUCCCAGCGGGCGGCCCCAGAUUUUCGAGCGGUGCUUCCGAGCUCUUUGUGCGAGAGGCGCAGUGGCUCGAAGCUUGUCUGUCCCUCCGCCUCCACCGUGGCGCUAGAGCGAGCGUGCGGUCCCUGGGCAUGUUUCCGGGUGGGCUGCCAGAGACUUGGAGGGCGAAUCGAGCUCACGUGCCCCUGUGCGAGAGGCAGAGUGGCGCGAAGCUUGUUUCCCUCCACACGAGCCCCUUCGUUCAUCACGAGGAAUCUCUCGCCUUGCGAGCUCGUGCCGCCAAGCGCAAGGCGACCCCUUGCUAA